AUGACAACAAUACUCAAAGGAUACUACCUCAAGGUUACACUUGAGAAUAGAAUCGUCAAGCAUAAUGGACGCAAGGUAUACUUGUCCAUUGUGGAACAUGGUAACGGAAUACCCGACAACGCAUUGAUCCUCAAGAUAACGGCCAAGUGCGCAAAGUUCUCGGUGUGUCUCUCGAUCCGCUCGCAAUGCGGCUGGAAGGAGCUCGACCAGAACGAGAGCGGCGAGCUCACCUUUGACCUCAAGGUCGAGGUCACGGGCAAGUCGCAGCGCGCCCCACUCUUCCCGCUGAUCUUCCAGCUGUGCGAGAAGAACUACGACCAGGUAGUGCUGGUGUCCAAGUCGGUGAUCCCCGUCAAGGCCAUCACCAAGAUACCCAAGAAGUCGUUGCGCGCCGAGCUUGUGCCAUUGGGCGAGCAGCCCCUCAAGCAGCCACACUCCUACCUGGCCUCGUCCAACUCGGAGGUGUUUGCUCAGGGCACCGACAAUGAAAACAUCGCCGACGAUGACAUGGCCGACGCCAAUGGCGCAGCCGAGGACGAUGCCGAUGUGAACGGCGUGCCCGGUGGCGAAGCCAGCGAGAGUGACCCCGAAGACGAUGGCUCCAACCAGAGCUCGCCCAAGCAGCCCUGUUCGUCCAAGUCGUCGCCUGCGCUGUCCCAGACCGCGGCGUCCCACCACGAGUAUGGCUCCCAUCCACUCGCUCACCAGGUUGUCCACCACCCCGUCGGCAUGUCUGUGCCCCCUCUUGUCGGCGCACCCUUUGGCCAGCAGCAGCACCACCAUCUCAUCCACAUGCUCUCCCCUCGUCAUCUGCCCCAGCACAACAGCAGCAACAACCUCUACCAACAACAACAACAGUCCACCGCAGCGGUCUCGCUACUUUCUGGCCAAGGCCCGGCAAUUGCCAACCGUCAAUCUCCAAACCAUUCGGCGUCGCCCAGUCCAAUGAAUGGAGACAUCAUGAACAACUCCUCCAAGAAGAGGAGGUCCUCCGCAUCCAUCCCCAACUCUCCACCCGCAUCAUCCAUGCAGCAACCGUACCCCAACCACAACAACACAACAUCCACCUCAUCCUCCCGCCUGCAACUGACUUCCAGCACUCCAGUGUCGCCCGUCUCGACCAAGGUGCCCCCACUCAAGGCACUCGAGUCUGUCAAGUCGACUCCCACAUCGCCAACGAACAAUGAGUUGGACUCCCUCACCUUCCUCUCGGCUCUUGCCACGAUGAGCAGCAGCAGCAGCAACAGCAACAGUGCCAGCAGCAGUGGUGCCAGCAGUGUCAACAGUAGCCACCACUCUUUGUCAUCGAUCCUUUGCAGGGAUGAUGACAACACGUCUGGUGUCGCCACCGAGUUGCUGCCUCUUCCACCUCAGCCAUUCAAGUAUGGCGGCGCCAACACCAUGAUGGGCCACAGCAUGAACGGCAUCAAGACCCAGUACAUGUCACCGCUGGCCACCUACCAGACUGACUCGUCGCCUUCGUCGCCCACGUCGUCCCCUCCCACCGUUCCCUCGCAGCCAUCGCACCCAGCGCUGCAGAGACCCAACGGAGAGAUCAUGUGGCGCACCAGCUCGACACCGUCCUCAUCGGCCACGCCUACUCCCAACACCACACCCUCACUUUCAUCCUCCUCCACCGGUCUUCCACUCAAGCUGAGUCAGCUACCAAUGCUAACAACCUCAUCAUCGUCCAUCUCCACGUCUGCCGGUAACCAUCUUAUCAACAACAACAACAAUUCAAAGUCAACACCAACAUCACCAAAGCAACAACAACAUCAUCUACAACAUCUACAACAUCUACAACAACUUCAACAACAACAACAAAUGCAUCAACAACAACAAACAUCAUUCAUGCCACUGCACUUCAACAACAACAACAUGAACAACAACAUGAAUAUGAUUGACAACAACAACAACAUGCAUAUGUCAAUGAAGAGAAAGAGUAUGAUGGAUGCAUAA